ACUGAAUUAUGCAGCGACUGGAAUCCAUAUUCAGUAGAUUCACUGACUGUUCAUUAUUUUUUUAAAGUUUGGAACUUAAUACCGUAAUGACUAUUUUGCCAACUAUGCGUUCAAACUUGUACGUCUGUAAUCGUUUAAAAGCUGUACUCAAAUUGUCUCGAAGCUGUGACCUACCUUGUAGUUCAUCAUUACAACCACGUGGGGGCGCUCUAAGUUUAUCACCGCCUAUAGUAGAUUCGUUGAUUUAUGCCGCGAGUUUUUGUUUUGUCAGCUACUAAACUGUCAAUCAGUUAGCAACCAUGAGCUAAUAACAGUUGUUUCACGCUGUCGUAACUUUGACUUAUUCGACAUUUUGGUUCUUUUUUCAACUUAAAUUCGCAGCCGCUUAAAAAUGUCGGUAGAUAAAGAGGAAGUUGAUCAGAGGUUGAAAGCAGCGGUUCAUUAUACGGUGGGUCGUCUGUGUCAGAGGAUCGGAGAGGAGCACCGGAGGGAGUUCAGCCGACAGACCGUAGCAGCCAUAGCCGAAACGACAUUCAGGGAGUGCGAUACAUUUGCCAAAGAUCUAGAAGCUUUUGCAAGACAUGCUAAAAGAAGCACAGUGUCUGCAGAGGAUGUGAAACUUCUAGCCCGUCGCAGUACUGCACUAUCCAACCACAUACAAAAUAAAAGUGAAGAACUGGCCCAAGAGCAGAGAGAGUCCAGAAAGAAGAGUUCAGGGAAGAGGAAGAGCAGAGACACCGAGGAGGAGGAGAGCAAAGAAUGAGGACAUGACACAGGGAAGCCUGCAGUUUCUGACAUGUGCCCAACAUGCAUAUAACAAUAAAAGACUGACCAGGACAGACUAAUGUCAAGUUAAUGAGCUUCUCGAAGUGUAAAGCGCAAGACUGAUGCAAAACCAAGCUGAUUUCAGGAGGUCUUGAUUUAGCAUGAAGUGAUGAAAUAUGAGCAGCAAUAAAAACUUCAAUAAAGAA